AUGCCACAUACAACCGCGGACGACGUCUCGCCGACUUCUUCCAGCUCACCAGAUUCAACGGCAGCCUCCGUGGUCGUCCAUCGGACCAGGGGUAUUAAGCGUUCCUCAGGGGUACCGCCACUUUUCAUACACUUGACUAAGCCUGUCGCUACAUCUUCCGGUCAUUAUGAGUGCAGAAACUUGUCAUCGCCUUCACCGCGCCAUGAAGGUGACAUCGGGCAAGAAGUCGAUGAGGCCUGGAAGACUUUGGAUAAUAUCACCGCCUUGCAAUUUUUCCUAGAUCAUGACCGUGGAGCGUUGGCUCCGCCGACCCCAAUAUCCCCUUUUACAGACAUGGACCUUCUUGCAGUUCAGCGCACAUCACAGCGAUCGCCCACCCACCACAAGAAGCCAUUCCAGAAAUGGAUGAACACACUGCGGAAACGCGGCAUGCAACGCCUGAGAAAUGCAGACUUGGACCCUGUCUCCCCAAAAUCUUUUCGUAAUAUAGACACCGAAGUGGCCAAGUCUUACCAGCGUGGCCACCGCCGAUGCUCGUCUUCAGACUCAUCAAUCGAUUUCGUCACCGCGAUGAAAAGCCCGAGUAUAAGCCUCGCAAGCUUCACUGCCUUAGGUCUCCCACGACGAAAUGCCGGCGUCACCUCCAACAAAGCUCCUUCACGGACGGGUCGCAGCAGCAGGGCUUCCAUGUCAGGGCUGAGAACCUCUGAAGAUAGCCAGUAUCCAGCCAAGUCUCCGGCAAUGGAUCCUGCUAUCGUAGAACGCUCUCUGCAGCGCCGACGUAUUCUUGACGAGUUGAUCAGUACAGAGGAAGGUUACAUAGCAGAUGUACGCUUUCUCAUGAAUGUUUAUGUCACCAUCCUCGCGUCUCUCCCUACACAGUCCCCUGGCCUGAGAUCUUCAAUCAACAGAAACAUGACGGAAAUUGUUCAACUUCACGAGGAGCUGCUGGAAGAACUGCGAUUAGCCAUCCCUGAUUCCGAGUAUGUCCAGUAUGAAACCUCCACCUCCCAACCCCCAAAGUCAGCAAGACGAGGUCAUUAUCGUUGGCGAAGUCUAGACUCUGUUCCCGAGGAUAAGAGCGACGGAAUGGCGUGGCUACGGGCCAUUCCUGGGGUGAUAGCUGACCCUCAGGUGGCUGCUGAAGUCGCCAGAAUUUUCAUCUCAAAGAUGAACUCAUUUUUUAUAUACGAAGAAUACGGCGCCAAAUAUGAGCUCAUGAUCAAGGAUAUCGCGGAGGCCCGUCGAACAAUGACGGACUGGGAAAAGUACCAGAAGGGCUUGGAGACAUUGGCUGCGUCGCUGGGGCCAGAAAAGAGUCACCGUGAAAGCUCCAAAAAGUCUUUAACCGUUUCAGAUCUACUUGUAAAGCCGAUACAACGCGUCUGCAAAUACCCCCUUCUCUUUGCGGAGCUCUUAAAGUAUACUCCUGUUGUCGACUGUCCCCAGUCCCACAUGAUGGUUGAAGAUGCCCUUUUACGUCUCAGAGAAGCCACGGCAGAGAUAAACCGGGCAACUGAUGACCCUAAGAUCAAAUGCACACUUCAAAGAACCUGGAAUCUUCAGGAUCGCCUCGUCUUUGCUGAUCAGAUUCUCGAUGCGGCCUCAAAGAAUCGCAUUCGCUCCUUUGGUCACAUCCACCUCUGCGGCGCGCUACAUGUUUGCUGGCAGACGAAGGACUCCGUAUCUGGGCAAUACUUGAUAUGUCUGCUCUAUCGAGAUUGGCUGUGCAUCGCAUCUGCAAGCAGAUUUGGACAAACAUACACAAUUCUAUUGUGUGUCUCUUUGAUGAAUGUCAAGGUUGAAGAAGCUGACAACGGAAGAGGGCUUCAGUGUCAUACAGCACCCUACUCGUGGAAGCUUGUUUUCCAGUGCGAUAAUGAGUUGUACGAGAUCAUCAUGACUGCUUGCAGUCCUCGAGAAUACCAAGAAUGGCGCGGACGUUUAGAACAAUCAAGCUCAGCACACAUCCCCGGUCCCUUGAACCCAAUGUCCUUUCGGGCCCACUCUAUGAAUAUCAAGAGUUUGGGCACUGUCUUUGGAAAGCCAGGUACCGUCGCUCGACGAAUUUCGAUCCAUCGUGCAAGUACUGCCGGGCCCAAGACGACGCUCUACCAAGUAGUCCUGAAGAACACUACCGUUGAAAGAGAAAGUUCUGUCGCGGUCGCCACAGUAUCAGCCAAGACUCGUCUCCAUAGGUCACAGUCACUCGUGGCGCCGCCAGAGAGUCGCGUCACUAUCCUCUCCCCUUCGAGGGGUGAUCGGUCCAGGCUGGAAGCAAUCUUGUCAGAUGUGUGGACGCGUGAGGCUCUACCCUUUCCGGGAAUGACGGUCCGUUCACGAAGUGAGCAUCUGGUCCGCUCGAGCGCUUCUUCGGUGAUGAGGAAGCUCAGUGUGGCAAGCAUCGCAAGCUCCUUCACCAAGCGGUCUGUGAGCAUGGCCAGUACUACGACGACUCGUGCUUGCGCCUCUGUGGUUACUGCCAUGGACGACAGUAACAACAUGGCUCUGCUUGCGACCAAGACUGUGAUCGAGAAUCACCGCGGCGCCUCGUUCCUAAGAUAUCAGAAAAGAGGUGAUUCUUCAAGUCAUGUAACGAUUGAUACGAAGAGUGUUGCUACAAUGCCUAUAGGAUCGGGCGAUGAUAGGAACAGCAGUGAUGGUUUAGGUUCGAAUGGAGUCCUGUCAGUUUCAGAUACUGCUCUUGACAAGUAUGGAAUCACUACUGGGAGCAAGGAUCCUCGAGUGGCGAUUGGGGACAGGUCUCACGAGCCCGCUGUCCAGAUCUCAAGGGCUGAUCUUUCGAUGCUACCUCUAUCUCCAGCUAUCACGGCAUUCGAUGGAGUCGAUAGCGCAUUGGCAAGCUGCCAGAAUUCGGUAGUAUCGUCGAGGUCGGACAAAGCAACGCCGGUAUCCGAGAUCAUGCCAAUACCUCUUGACCAACCACUGCCUGGACGCUUGGACACGAUGUCGAUUCGCGCCAGCAGCGAAGCUGUUCCCACGACGCCAAGUCGAAGAGGUACGGGAGAUACAGCCGGCUGUGGUAGCGAACCGCCGUCUUCUAUCAAAUCGGCGCGACGUUGGAAAAAGGGUGGAAUAAAUCGUGGGGUAAGUUUUCGGGGACUUCGCAACUUGUUUGCUUGA